AUGGCCUCCAACACAAACGGCGCCUAUGCCGCCUCCAUUGCCGGCGAAAAAAAGCGAGCAGAGGUGUCCAUGUUGAUGGCCCAGCUGCGUGCCGACCUGGAUGAUUCGAGUCUCCAGCCGCACCAGCGCAAUGCCGCCCUCGAGCAGAUCAAGAUCUAUGGCCGCGACGUCCGCGACGCCGACCCCAUCUUCACGCCCGACGGCAUCGACACGCUGGCGUGCCACGGCUUCUACAGCACUUCCUCCGUCACCUCGCGCGAGGCCCUGCGCUGCCUGGCCAACGCCCUGCUCCUGCAACCACAGUGCAGACAGACUCUGGUGGACAAGGGGCAUGCGGAGAAGGCGGCCGAGAAGCUCAAGGUCUGUAUGACUCCGGCCAAGAAGCUGGUCGGCACGACUGAAUCUGCGCAGAGCGACAAUGCGGACGAUGAGUUCCUUACGUCGCGGAUUCUGUUCCUCCUAACCUACGACACAAACUUGAACUUUGAUCCCUUGGUUAGGGAAAAGGGAUUGGGCGAUGCAAUCACGCAGAGCAUCUAUCGGCAUUCCAAGCGGUAUUCGAAGAACGGCAAGAAGCAGAACUCGUCGCCAAUGGAUGACAUGGCUCUCUCCGAGACCCUGAAGCUCGUAUUCAACCUGACGCACUUCUAUCCGGAUUUCACCGACAUCUUCACCAAGUCCGUUCCCGAUCUGCUCAAGAUCCUUACUCGAGCGCCCGUCCCGAAUCCGCCGCUGCAGCAGCCGAUUUGCUACCUCAUCAAUGCCUUGCUGAACCUCAAUCUGGACGACAAGAAAUCCAACGUCUUUCCAAAAUGGGACCAGAACACCAACGCCGCGCACCUCUGCGAGCUCCUCGACAAAUCCGUUGCCGCUUACAAGGAAGCUGAGCUGGACCAAGUUGCCGCGCCUCUGGUUACGCUCAUCCGGCGCAUCUACGAAUUCGCACCGGACAGCGUCAAAAAGUACAUGCAAUGGCUCCUCUUGCCGACCGAGGAUGAUCGGAAGAAGCCACUCGGAGACACGGACACUCUGUCAUCUCGCCUCCUGAAUUUGUCCACGGCAGCCAUGUUGCCCAAUCUGCGGAGCCAAAUCUCGUCAAUGCUGUUCGAACUUUCAGACAAGGAUGCGUCGACGUUCGUUCACAAUGUCGGUUACGGGUUUGCAUCGGGAUUUCUCCUCAGCCACAACAUCGCUAUCCCGGAGAACGCCAUGGAGGCUUUCGCCAAUGGGAAUGGAGCUGCGGAAGAUGCCGAGGGAGACGAGAAGGAGAAAGCCAAGGAGAAUGCUAGGGGAUUCAACCCCAUCACAGGCCAAAGAUGGGACGCCGAGGAGGUCAAGGACACGGGUCCGCCAAUGACUGACGCGGAAAAGGAGAGGGAAGCCGAGAGGCUCUUCGUUCUGUUUGAAAGACUCAAAGCCACAGGCGUUGUCGAUGUCAAGAACCCUGUCGAAGACGCGAUCCAAUCAGGACGCAUCGAGGAGCUUUCCGACAGCGAUGAGCCCACGUCUCCUGACUAG